AGGUUUGUUACGCAUUUUAUGAUGGCUUUUUUUCGCUUUCCCAAUUUGAAAUUUUUUCAAAGAUGGUAUCAUCCUCCCUUUCUUUUUAGGAAACAUGGUUUGGUUCCCUAGAGCGUUCCGUAGCACGAGCAUCAACUUGAAUUUUUAUUACAACUUCUAAGUAAUCUAGAUAAAUUCAGUUCUUCUAGUUGAAGUAUAAGAGUUGAGUUCGAGCUACUGCUUUUACAUUUUUUCUUUUUCAUUUCCACCAAACAAGAAUCGCCAAUGAUGUCGCAAAGAGGGAUGUCCAACCCUUUCGGAAACGACAACUUCUCGUCGUCUUUCGAUGCUUUCGAGCAAGAGUUGAUGCAACCGGAGCAAAAGCCACCAGCUGCAGGUACUUCCUUGUGAAAUCUCUGGGUUGAUGUGAUGUCUAACUUUUUUUGUUUUCAUCUCGAUAGGUUGGAUGGAAACUUUUUACAACUUGUUCCGGGAACGGUGUUGCUCUCUGUAUUUUGUUGUGAAAAAUAUCUCCCAAUAUAUUUAUAAGAUAGUUCUCCCAAUAUUAUCCUCCUUCAAAGUGAAUCUCCUCUCUUCCAGCAGUUUCCCCCACCGGUUUCGGCGCUCCUGGGGGUACUGCGUCUCCUGGUCCCAACGCCUUUCCGCCGUUCCCUCAGAAUCCACAGUUUCCUGCCAACAGCGCUUUUCCCACCAUGCCAGGAGGACCGCAGACGUUCUCUAGUGGGGUAAAUGGUCCACCAAUCAUCCCGAAUCCAGAGAUGCUAGCGAAUCAGACUCGAAUGGCAGAUAUGUUCGAGGCGCCAAAAGCGCAAUCACCAGAGAAACCAGCUUCUAGUGGAGGUCGUUCGUUCUUUGGUUUUGGCGGUGGUGGUUCGUCAUCGAAGCCAGCAGCUUCGAGUCCAGAUCCAGUGUUGCCAGCGAUAGGAGGACCGGCAGGUUUUCCUAUGGGAACAUCAAUGGGUGGUGGUAGUAGUUCCUCAAAUGCUGCUGGGGGUGUUCCGACAGGGACUAUGGGAAGUAGCGGAGGUGGCCCUCAAGCAGGAGGACCUGUAUUUCCCGGAAGUGGAGGAGGUGGUCCGAGUGGUCACGUGACCAGUACUAUGAACAACAACAUGGGUGGCCCAUCUAGUAGUCCUAACGCAGCGACUGGUGGUGGCGGGCCUGCUGGAUUUGGUGGUCCGAAUCAAGGUGGUCCAAAGCAAGGUCAACAGGCUCAACACGACGUUGGAAGUCGGCAGUACGGGAGUCAAUUUGAGAGCGGGAUUUCGGCGAAUCAACAGCGACAAAGGGGAGGGGCACAAGGGCCGUCAGAGUCGCCUUUUGGUCAGCAAAAUGUACAAGAAAUGAAAAACGUCGCAGCGGAAGGGAUGCAGGCGAUGGGCAUCAAUAAUCCUAUGGCGAAUAUAGCAGUAUCAGCAGGCAUGGAUGCUGUAGCUAAGCAGAGUACGAUGAUACAAAGGUACAACUAGCCUAUUGUAGUAGAUUUUGAUUUGGAUAUCAGAUAAUAUAGCUGGGUCUCUGGUACAAUGAAAUUGAAAUUGGGAUUGACAAUCCGUCCCUCUUCGAACUCAACUCGCCAACGUGAUUCUUUCAUGAUCCAAUGAACCUAAAACGAGAAAGAGAAAUACCCUACGACCACAACGAGCACAUGAACCAGGUAUCUGCCUUCCCUAGAUUAUCUGAGGUGUUACUUUGCCGUGAACCACUUGUAUGUGGCGAAGAAAUUAGGGAUUUUGCUCUUCCCGUUUAAAAAGGGCAAGAUUGAUACACAGGCAGAAGACGGGCAUUUAGGCCUAAGGCCACAGCACAACAAGCCAGACGGUGAUGGGCAGCAGAUCAUCGCAAUGAAAUCCAACGUGGAUGAACCGGAACUGUACCUAGAUUUCAAAAAAAAUGAACCGGAACUUUUUAGAUUUCAAAAAAAAUGA